AUGAAGCAUCUCGAAAUCAAACCUGGGGAGAAGCCUCCUACCCGUGACUUUCCCACCGAAAAGGGGUUCUCCAAUGCCAAUCUCCAACCAGCAGAAGUCAAAGUUCAUCCUUCAGGGUCCGGUGAUGAAAAUGCGAGCAUCUUCUUCGUCGGCACGGCGACCACGAUCUUAGAAUGGGAGGGCAUUCGCGUCAUGACAGAUCCCAACUUUCUCCACGCCGGUGACCACGUCCAUCUCGGUCCAGGUGUGACAGGUACCAGAAAGACCAACCCCGCCAUUGACCUUCACGAUCUACCCAACAUCGACCUAGUUCUUCUUUCUCAUUACCAUGCCGAUCACUUCGAUCAGAAGGUGGAGGAGUCUCUCCGUCGAGACCUCCCCAUAAUCACCACACCACACGCCGCAUCCCAUCUGAAAGGCAAAGGCGAAGGUGAAGCCUUUACAGAAGUCUACGAUCUAGACUUCUACAAUAAUAUGCUAGUAGAUGUGAAGAAAGAUGGGGCCCAACCAGGAAAGAGUCCAGCAAUCAAGGUCACCGGCAUGCCAGGGAAGCAUGUGCCUUCUGGCGUCCUGGGGUCGUUGAAUGACCUAGUCAACGCCGUCCCUCCAACCAACGGCUGGAUGGUCGAACUCGGAUACAACACAAGCGGGGGAUCAGACGACAGCUUCAAAUGCGGCUACAGGAUUUACAUAUCCGGCGACACCCUAAUGGUCGAUGAGCUGAAGGAGAUCCCAGAACGCUACAAGGGCCAGAACAUCGACCUCAUGCUCAUCCAUCUCGGCGGCACGACUGUCCCUUCGCCUUCCGUGCCACUGCUGAUGAUAACGAUGGAUGCGAAGCAAGGGCUUGAGCUGGUGAGGUUAAUCAAUCCGGAUCUGACGAUUCCGAUACAUUACGAUGAUUAUGACGUUUUCCUAUCGCCGUUGUCGGAUUUCAAGAAGGCAAUGGAGGAUGCAGGGUUGAGUAGCAAGGUGGUUUAUUUGGAUCGGAAAGACCAAUACAAAUUCCAAGUGAAGCAGUGA